AUGUGGCGCCGCGCCUCCCGCCUCCUCCUCCUCCGCACCACCGCCGCCAUCCCCACCCGGCGCCUCCUGCCUCCACAUCCGCCGCUACCCCUCGCCCCAAGGGUGGCCUCCGCAUCCUCAUCCUACGCCACAGCCGCCGCAGCCGCGGCCGUGGCGGCAGUGUCGGCGCCCGCGGCGAGGGCGCCGCGGACGGUGGGGACCCUGCUGCGGCUCAACGACCUGCGUGACAACCCGGGCGCGCGGAAGCAGAAGACGCGCAAGGGACGCGGGAUCGGCUCCGGCAAGGGCAAGACGGCGGGCCGCGGCCACAAGGGGCAGAAAGCGCGUGGCACCGCUAGGUUCGGCUUCGAGGGUGGCCAGACGCCGCUCCGCCGCCGCCUGCCCCGCCGGGGAUUCAAGAACCCCUUCUCACUCACAUUUCAGCCCUGUGGACUGGGGAAAAUUGCAAAGCUAAUCAAUGCUGGGAAGAUUGAUUCCUCUGAAUUGAUUACCAUGAAGACACUAAAGGAAACAGGUGCCAUUGGGAAGCAAAUAAAGGAUGGAAUUCGUUUAAUGGGCCGUGGAGCAGAAGAAAUCAAAUGGCCUAUUCACCUUGAGGUGUCAAGGGCAACUGCAAGGGCCAAAGCUGCCGUGGAAGCUGCUGGUGGGACAGUAAGGCUGGUGUAUUACAACAAACUUGGAUUCCGGGCGCUCCUGAAACCCGAGUGGUUUGAGAAGAAGGGCCGCCUGUUACCAAAAGCAGCAAGGCCUCCGCCCAAGCAACGAGACAAGGUUGAUAGCAUUGGGCGCCUGCCGGCACCGACAAAGCCACUCCCCUUCACUCCAGAGGAGCUGGAAUUUGCAGCCAAGCGCGAUGCCGCCCGUGGGAGUGUGACCGCAUAA